GUGUGUACAACCUCUUUUCUGACGCAGGUGGAGGCGGCAGACCAGUGAUGCAGAGCUUUCCAUUCACCUUUAAAAUCUGUCACAGGGACAUCCGUCGCACAUACACGUAGAUCUGUCUUCAGGGACGGACACAUCACAACCUUACAGGGAAAAAGUUUGGACUUGUGUGCAUAAGACUUUACAUACAUUGGGUUAAAUCAUUAGAAAAUAAAUAUGUGGGUCCUUGGGAAAAUCAGGGAGAGCGUUGAGAGCAUUCCUCUAGAGCUGAGUCGUUACAUGGGAAAAAGUGAGGAGGAUAUCUUUCUCUCUUCUAAGACCAGCCUCUCUCACAAUCUGCACAACAACAUCCUCACCCCAGACAAGAUCCCAGAGUUCUGCCUUCCCCCGCGGCUUUGCAAGAGAAGCCCUCUGCUGGAGGCUGAGACAACCCCACCUUACCUGCACAGUCAAAACCAGACACCCAAGAGCAGCACAUCUUCAAACACUACACUUGUGAAGUCGAAGGACGUGAAGAUGAAGAAUGGUGAUCCAUCAGUGGCUUUGAAGGCCACAAAGAAACCUUUGCCAUUCUCUGCAGAGGGGUAUGGGCUGGCUGGGAUAUAUGAGAGUCCCAACACUCGGAGGAAAGAGUCUCUGUUCCACUCAAAAUGCCCGGUUUACAUGCUUGAGAGAAGCAUUCCUACUGCAACAUCCAGGCUGGCAAAGGAGACAAAGCUGCCCAAGAAAACUUUAUCUGGGUUUUUCCCUAUGUUUUCAUGCAAGAACCUGUCAGAGACAGGAAGUACAGAAAGUGAAACACCUUCAUCCAGUGACUCUUCGCCCCUCAGUUCCCCUUAUAGCGCUAAAUCCUUGCUCUGCGUCCCAUCAGGCGGUGGUCGCCUUAAAGGAGCAACAUCCUGUCCUUCGUUAAUUGACAGCAGGGAGGGCAGAGGGAAGUUGAAGAGAGGGGGUUUACGUUUAACAGCUUCUCACAGUAGCCCACCAUGCUUAGAGGGCAACUCACUCACCCUGGCCCCACCUGUUCUCUUCCCACUGGAUGUUCUACAGUGCCAGGAGAGACUUCAGCGUGAGCACGUCCUCCCUUUGCGAGGCCGUGGUAAAGUGCGCCUCUCCGCUGAGCGCACCUCAUUCUCCACCCACACAUUCUCAUCCCUGUCCACAGUCAGAGUGCGCGUAGUGUCUGUGGAAGGCCUACAGAAUGAUACCGACCAACGAACCCUGAACUGUGCAGUGAAUCUGUAUCUGACACCGGGGAAGCUGCAGCAACAGCAGAGUGCCACCAUCAGGAACUGCCGCAGCCCUGUGUUUAAUGAGGAUUUCUUCUUCACAGAGCUGAGUCGGGAGGAUUUGCUGGAACUGCAGCUGAGGUUAAAAGUGCUGGACAAACCUGCAGCUGGAACACUAAGGAGGGGGUCAGUGAUUGGAGUGAUCACUAAACCACUGUCUCAGUUACUUCCUCUUAAUAAAUGGGUAGAAGAGUAGACACUUCUCUUGAAAAAAUGUAAAAUACCACUUCCAUAACUGUUUUUGUGUAGACGAUGUGUGCAUUUUUCAGCUGCUACUGUGUAAAGUCUUCUAUCAGUGGUGCUCAGCAACAUUCACCAUAACAAUGUGAAAAUAUCAGCUGUUGUGUUUGUCUCCUGCGCUAAAUGGCCAAAAAUGGCCAGAAAAAAUUGUAGUGAUAUCAACAAUCAUAGUGUGUGAUGAAGUCAUUCUUCAGUACCCUGUAAUGCUCUGUGAUACAGAUUAAACGGUUUGUCUGA